AUGACAGCAGAACUAUAUCCAGAUGACCAUCUGGGUUCAUUAGCUGAUAAAUUAAGUGAUCCUAGCAACGAGAAGAAAUGGUUAAUUAACGAAAUCGUGAAACCUCAACUUCCAACUAUCAUUGAUAAUAUAGAGAAAUGUCACGAACUGCUGCUUAGUGAUGUGGUUUUUAAAAUGCCAAUGAGUAAUGGUGUGAGUAAAAACCAAACCGCUAUCUUAAGAGGUAUUUUGUGUAGACAGAGAGGAAAUAUAGUGGAUUUCCAAGCGUUUGUGAAGUUCCGUCAAUUCCAUAAGGGAAAGGCUAUAGAGUUGAAGAUGAAAACUGACGCUGGAAAAUUUAAACUAUUACAAAUAGAAACUAUAUGUGACUGUUUAACUGAAAUGACAGACCUUCUAAACGAGUUACAGGGCCUGGACGAUGCAGAAGCGUUUACAGAUAUGUUUGGGAUUUUGCUUUCAAAGCUUUCGAAAGCCAUCAGCUCACUUGAAAACCCUCCAAGACGAUUACUUUUCCCUGAGGAUGAUAACGAAGCAAUGAAAACCAUGAUUGAGAACUACAAGACUAUCUGUGAGACUACACACCAUAUUCUUAGCAUUGAACUGGUGCUAAUCCGGAACGAAAUUAUGAUUGAGUUUCGAAACCUAGAAAAGGUCACAAAGAAGCCCUGGAGCAAGAUAGACAAAGCAACCGGCCAAUCUUUUGUGGACCAAAUACGACACCAGCUCAAGAGCCAGCGGACGGUGCCCAUAAAAUCUGUCAUGGAGCGCGCAGGCGUGCAGAUAGAGGAGCAGUCGCUGCUCAACAGUCUCAUAUCCAAGCUUAAUACCAACGAUGAACGUGUCACCAUCAAGGAAGCCCAGGAAUUCCUCAAUCGUUGUAUAACCUUUGAUGGCCAAGUUGUCAUGGAGUGCGAACGAGUCUCUAUUAGAACAAGUGACCCGAGUCUGAUAAGCGUCAGCUCAAAGCUAAACAGCCUUGCAAACCGCUUGAGCACCUACUAUACCAACCUAAAAAUCGUGUAA